AUGGGGAAGUCCUGGAUUUAUAAUCUCAGGAAGGAGGACUUCGACGAGAUGAGUCAAGUUCUGGGAAUAGAACUGGAGGGCUCAGUCGAUUCGAUGAGGAAGACUCUGGGAGACUUCGUCGACCAGACGGCAGAGGAGCCAGACAUCACCGAUUUGGUAAUGGGCCUGGAAAAGAAAUUCCGGAAAAUGCCCACGCCAAAAUUCAAAAUCACAACCGCAAGUGCCGAGGACCUGAUAGCAAGCUUGGAUGUGUCGAGCAUCGCAAGCCACGCAAGCCGGCAGCGGGAAAAUAGCCGGGAAAGAAAGGAGAGUUUCAGGACGCACACGCAGGACUACGCGCAGGUGGCCAAGCAGGUCCAGGAGUGGAAUUUCCGCUACGACGGAAACGACAAGCCGCUGGAAUUUUUGGAGCAAGAAGAGUGGUCAGUCGACUUACGGUCUCGACAUAACCCAGAUCCCACGAGCAAUGCCGGAGCUGCUCCAAGGCAGAGCCUUGAAACCUGGGGAGACUUCAUCUACAGCUUCCUAAAUUACUUUCUGCCCCGAGGAUACAUGGCGAAGCUGGCGGACCAGGUCAGACAGAGGAAGCAAGCCCACGGGGAGAGCUUCAAAGAUUUUAUGGUGGACAUACAGACCCUGAUGCGGCCACUGAAUAUGUCAACCAAAGAAACGCUGGAGAGGAUAAAAGAGAACAGCACGCUGGCACUCAGAAUGUUCGUUCGCCCAUUUGAAUGUCGAAAUUUGGAUACAUUGAAGGCGCUGGCAGACGAAUUUGAGGAGCUCGACCAGCAGAGGGAGAAAUUCGAGCUGGUGGCAGAGCCAACCAGUACCAAGGCCAAGAUCAGACCAGGGUGCGGUGUGCAGGCGGUGACAGGAGGACCCGGACGCACAACCACGAAGUACGCCGCGCGGCCACGAACCAGCAAACAAUCGCGGCGGAUACGUAGCAAAUCUUACCCAGGCCUGCCGCAGAUGCGGGGUCCAGACCACUGGGCGAAGGAAUGCCGAAACCAAACGGCUUACGUUCUGCUGGCGGUGCGGAAGAAUAGGAGUUCGGACGGUUCAGUGCUGUUCCAGGUCGGGAAACGCCCAGCGACCCCAGCCUCCGAGGGGCGGCCAGGGAUCGCAAGGGGCUGCCACUCGAAAUUAAUGGGCGACCUGGAGGCGGAAGAAAUGCAACUGUCCGCCACGGUGCUCAUAGGUGAAAGUACAAUUAAGGCCACGGUGGAUACCGGCGCCACGGCGAGUUUCAUCAGCGAAGAGCUGGCGGACAGGCUGCAGGCGGCAGGAAGGGUCGGACCCACGAGAAGGCAAGUACGGAUGGCAGACGGUCGCUGCGGGGAAAUAAGUUCACAGCUGGAGACCAAAAUUGGACUGGAAACGAAAACAAUUUCAAUGGAGCUGCUGAUUUUACCAGGACUGAUCGACGCCCUGGUGUUGGGAUGGAAUUUCCUCACCAGAAUCGGGGCCGAAGUCGAGUGCGCAGGACACAGCGCGUCGAUACCGGCAAAGAAUAGACGAGGAGGAUGGCUAGAGGAGAAACUGUCAGUGGCAAUAGUUGAAACACCCAAAAGAUUUGCGGAAAAGGAUGUGGAGGGAUUUUUAAAAGCCGAGUUGGACGAACUGGAAGGAAUAAAGGGUACAUCCAACGUGGCCGUACAUAGGAUCACCAUGAAGGACGACCAACCAGUCAAACAACGGUACUACCCUAAAAAUCCAAAAAUGCAGGGUGAGAUCAAUGCCAAGGUAGACGAGCUGCUGGAAAAAAGAUGCAUCGAGCCUUCUAGCAGUCCCUACAGCUCACCAAUAGUCAUGGUGAGAAAGAAGACUGGAAAGUGGAGGCUGUGUGUGGAUUUCCGGCGAAUAAACGCGAGGUCCAUGAAGGACGCAUACCCGAUACCGAUGAUAAAUUACAUCCUGGACCAGCUGCGAGAGGCGAAGUACAUCAGCAGUCUCGAUCUAAAGGACGGUUACUGGCAGAUCCCCUUGGAGGCAGACAGCAGGCAGUAUACGGCGUUUACUGUACCAGGGAAGGGCCUGUUCCAAUGGAAGGUGAUGCCAUUUGGCCUACACUCCGCGUCGGCAACAUUCCAGCGGGCAUUGGAUCAAGUCAUUGGACCUGAAAUGAUGCCGCAUGCCUUCGCGUAUCAGGAAGACAUCGGCCGAACGCUCAAAGAGCAUAUGGAAAACCUGAAGGAAGUGUUUAGGAGACUACGGGCUGCCAACCUGAAAGUAAAUGCGGAAAAAUGCAAAUUUUUUAGAAAGGAACUGCAAUACUUGGGGCAUCGCAUAACAGACCAAGGCAUCGGAACAGACGCAGAAAAGGUGUCGGCAAUUGCCUUAAUAAAACCACCGGCCAACGUUAAGGAGUUACGACAAUAUUUGGGAGUGGCGUCGUGGUACAGGCGUUUUGUGCCAGAUUUUGCAACGUUGGUGCAUCCGUUGAAUAGCCUGCUCCGGAAAAGCACAAAAUGGGAAUGGACAGAGGACCAUCAACAGGCGUUUGAAGCUGUCAAGGCCAGGCUAACCGCAGACCCAAUCUUAGCAUGCCCAGAUUUCACAAAGACAUUUGUGCUGCAGACCGACGCCAGCGAUUACGGGCUCGGUGCUAUUCUCACACAGAAUUCCGACCAAGGCGAGAGGGUGAUCUCGUAUUCCAGUAGGUCCCUGAAUGGUUCGGAAAGAAAUUUCUCAGCGACUGAGAAGGAAUGCCGGGCAAUUGUGUGGGCCAUACGCAAGUUAAGGCCAUACUUGGAGGGCUACCACUUCAAUGUGAUCACGAAUCAUAUGGCACUGAAGUGGUUGAAUAGCAUCGAGAGCCCAACCGGAAGAAUCGCACGAUGGGCGCUGGAACUGCAGCAAUAUGACUUUGAGAUCGCGUACAGAAAGGGCCAGCUGAAUAUAGUAGCAGACGCACUACCACGACAGCCACUGCCAGAAACGUGUCGACGGGUAAAAACACAGGAACAGCACAAGGAAACCGGCGAGUGUAACUGGAUAAGGGAUAUGCGGAGCAAGAUUUCCCAAAAUCCCCAAAAAUAUCCAGACUACAUGACAGAAGUCGACCAGCUAUAUCGCCACAUACCGCACAGAGCAGGCAACGAGGAUGUCACAUCAUGGAAGCUGUGCGUGCCAACGGGGUCCAGGCGGAGGGUAAUGUCGGAGAACCACAACUCACCGACAGCUGGCCACAUGGGCAGUCGGAAAACAAUUUCCAGAGUCGCAGCAAGAUACCAUUGGCCGGGAAUGCACCGCGACAUAAGGAAAUAUGUGCAAAACUGCGAGAGCUGCCUACGAUAUAAGCCAAGCCAACUACAGGCGGCCGGAAAAAUGCUGACCCAAGUACCGGAAGAGCCGUGGGCCACUGUGUGCGCAGAUUUCGUCGGACCACUGCCCCGCUCCAAACACGGAAAUUCUAUGCUACUAGUGCUGGUAGAUAGGUUCUCCAAGUGGACCGAAAUGGUGCCAAUGCGCAGGGAAUUGACGGAAUCUCUGGAAAAGGCGAUCCGCGACCGGAUCCUCGCAAGAUACGGCGUGCCCAAGGUGUUGAUUACGGACAAUGGCGUUCAGUUUACCAGCAGGGCGUUUAAAAAAUUCCUGGGUGAAUUAGGCGUCCGACACCAGUUUACGGCCCCAUACACGCCCCAGGAAAACCCGACGGAGAGAGCCAACAGGACGGUGAAAAGGAUGAUCGCCCAGUUCACCGGGGCAGACCAGAGGACUUGGGACGAAAAGUGGCCGGAACUGCAGUUGGUCGUGAAUACGAAGGAAGGGAUACGCAAACUCCGGCCGAGAACGCACAGAAGCUUAAAGAAAUCUUCGAGCGAGGCGAAAAUGGAAAAGGCAGCGCAGGAUCAGGCACGCCACUACAAUCUGCGUAGACGCCUAUGGAAACCGAACAUCGGUGACACAGUCUGGGCUAAAGAACAUCAUCUGUCCAAGGCCGCAGCAGGAUUCGCCGCAAAAUUGGCACCAAAAUAUGACGGGCUUUUUAAGAUAAUAAAUUUUAAUUCGCCGCGGGGACCAGUCGGAGCCCGUAGCAAUGGCGUCCCCCCCUGGUGUCGGUCUCCGUCGCCGAACCCCGAAUGGGAGGACGAGGAGCGCAUAACGGAUAUAGAGCUGGAGGAGGAGGAGGAGGAGGAGGCCGGCGUCCGGCCGGCAGGGCAGGAGGCCGAGGUGGCAACCAUCGACCUGCCUUCGUCCGAGGAGAAGGAGGAGGAAGACAAGGAGGACACCGGGACGGAGACGGAGGGCCGCAGCCGGAUUCGGGCGGAUCCGGUUGGGCGACGCAGCGCCAUCGGGCCGCCCGAGGAGGCAAAGCGGAUAUUCGCAACCCGGGCAGAGGUGGUGCGGCGAGUAUUCGCGCAGCGGGCGGUGGCACGGGCAGCCGCAGCAGCCAGAGAGUGGCAAAAGCGGCUGGAUGAGGCUGAGGCCGAAGAGGCAGCGAUCUGGGCACGGCCAGGCCCUAUGGAGCAGUCACCGCCGCAAGCACCUCCACCGCCGUCGCCACCGCUGUCGCUGUCGCAGCCGCCACCACUGCCGUCGCCGCCGCGGGCAGCAGCACCGCCACCGCCACCACCGUCGCCGCCCCGGGCAUCAACACCGCCACCGCCACCGUGGGUGCCAACGCCAUCGCCGUUGCCAGCAAAACGGCUCGGUGGGGAGCCGGAGUUCUGGGAGAAGGGGCCCUUAGUGUGGCCGACAUCAGGAGUGCCAGCCGCACGGCCGCCCAAAGUCGCCAGGCUGACGUCGUGCCCGGAGCCGCGGUCCCCACCAGCCAGGCCGUCAGUGAGCCGCCAACAUUCGGCAGACAGCAGCCGCUGGCAGGAGAUGGCCGAGGAAGAGUGGCCGCCCAGGGUGGCAGCCGAGGCCAACAGGCAGCAGAGGAGAGCCCGUAGCAGCCCCUGGGCCAAACUCCUGGUGGUAGACGGCGUCCGCUACCGCAUCAGGGUGUCAAACGGGGUGGUAAGAGUCCUAAGGGGCUAA